AUCAUUGGGCUCUCUUUCUUUCUCUUAUAAAAAAAAGAGAAAGAAAAGCCUUCUUUCUCCACUGUUUCUCUCAUUUAUAAGUGCUUUUGAGUGGAGAAUUUUGUGGACGAUAAACAAAAAGCAAUCUCUUGGUUUUUGUUCAUAUAGAGAUUUGGUCUCUAGGGCUCUUUCAAAGUAAUCAAGUGAAGGGUCUUUGAAGUGUUGUUGUACAGUUCUUUGAAAGAAAGAAAGGGAGGCUUCAAGGAAAUGGUUUUCAUGUGUGAGAUUUUUUUCACUGCAGGAAAGGUGGAAGAAGGAGAGUGGGAGAAAGAGAGAUAACAGAAAAAAGAGACAUAUAAUUCACCUAAAUAACCAUACUACCAGAAGUAGAGAGGGAGAUUUGUAAGCAAGAGCCAAAAAAGAUUUGAAUCAUCUGCUUCUCUGCUGGGCUACUGGCAAUGUCUGCUACAAUAAUCAGUGAUCCAAUGGUGGUAUCAGCAGCAGCACCGGAAACUCAAGCAACGGCAGCAAAACUUGUUGCACAAAGUGAAGUUGAGUUUGCAAAAUGCGAUUGCUGUGGGCUAACCGAGGAGUGUACCCCAGCAUACAUCGAAAGGGUACGCGAACGAUAUCAAGGUAAAUGGAUUUGUGGCCUUUGUGCUGAAGCUGUCAAAGAUGAGAUCAUAAGGUCGGAGAGGCUUAUUAGUACGGAGGAAGCAAUGGCAAGGCACAUGAAUUUUUGCAAAAAAUUUGUCUCCUCCGGACCCCCUCCUGAUCCUACCGUUCAUUUGAUAUCUGCUAUGAGAAGUAUUCUUAGGAGGAGUUUGGAUUCUCCAAGAGGUUUAAGAUCAACCCCAACUAGUCCUACAAGAAAAGUUGGCGAAAUCCGGGGUCCAGGGCUUACCAGGUCUGAAAGUUGUUUCCCUACCCUGUCUGGUUGAUACAAGGUAUAUAAGAGACAAUGAAGGGGAAUAAAGAGAACCUUGGGGGGAAUUCAAGUUGACAUGCAGCAAUUACAGAGAACAGAGCUUAGGGCUGUUUGGCCCGAUAACUAUGUUUUCGAAUUCCUCCAAUUGUAUGUAUCAAUGAUUAAAAAAACCGAAGAGCAAAGAAUUAAAAAAGGAAAAAGAAAAAGCAAUUCAUGUUUAAGGUUACAUUUAGAUGCUUAUGUAGUUCUUAAUGUCAAAUAUUUAACUCCUCUGUUAUUAGAAAUCUAAUUCUUCUUUCAGAUAA